AUGUACAUUCUUACGUUCCUGUUUGGUCUCUUUCAUCAAACUCUUGCCUUCAAUAACUUCAGUGAAGACGCAUUGGCAGCUCAUUUCAGUGAGGUUCUCUCGCCUGGGUCUCAAGUCUGGCUUCCCAGUAGUGCCAAUUACACUUCCGCAAUAACUCAAAGAUGGACAAUCUAUCCACCAGCCGAGCCUACAUAUAUUCUUGCUUUGAAGCCAGCACUGCCCUCUGAUAUUCAAAUUAUUAUUGAAUUUGCAUCAAAUCACAACAUCCCUUUUAUGGCAACAGGGGGAGGACAUGGAUAUUCGACAACACUACACAGUUGUAAGAAUGGAAUCGACAUCGAUUUAGGUUACUUCCACGAUAUCAAAAUCGACAAAGAAGCAAGCACCAUCACAAUUGGAGGAUCGGUUAAAUUCGGGGAACUCAUACAACCAUUAUUUGAUGUUGGAAAAGAGAUUCGAUUAGCAGAAUGCGUCGGUGUUGUUGGAGCAACAUUGGGUGCAGGGCUCGGACCAUAUACUGGUCUUCACGGUCUCGUAAUUGAUGCUCUGCUAGAGGUUAAAUAUGUCACCGGGACCGGCGAAUUGAUCACAGCAUCUCAAACAGAGAAUGCAGAACUUUUCUGGGGAGCCAGAGGAGCUGGUCAUCAAUUUGGUGUUGUUUAUGAGGCUACAUACAGAAUAAAUGAUGCCACCAAUAAUGGAGAGCUGAUAGUAGCGACCAUGCGAUUCCAUUCAAGCGAUAAUGCAUCUUUGUGGGAAAUAAUGAAGGAUAUUGGAAGUAACCAACCCAGAGAAAUGUCAUUGGCCUUUCAGGUAAAUUGGAAUGAUGAAUUCGGUGGUCUCAACAUCAUAAUAAACGCAAAAUGGAUUGGACCCAUGGAAGAAGCCCUCAUUGCAUUUUCCUCCUUUUUAUCCCUCAACCCCAUUGAAAAAAUCAUAACUCAAAUCCCCUGGACCAGCAUUUACGGCUCAUCUGUUCCCGGCAGCGGGAGUUUUAGUUGUGAUCGCGGCGCAGUAAGUAGUAAUUGGGCCGUAAAUCUUUACACCAUCUCUAUUCCAGCAUUCACUCAGACGCUUCAAAAAUUGGCACGCUUUUACUCCGAUUUUCCUUCAUCAAGAACGAGCGUUUGGUCAAUUGAAAAAUUCGCCAAUUCAGUAACUCUUUCGACACCAGACGAUGAAACGGCAUAUCCGUGGAGGAAUACCACAAUCUAUACUUUUUUCGCUUUGCAAAUAAAUGAUGAUUCGCAAGAUGAUGCUAUAAAUGCUUUUGGUGCUUCUUUCCAAGCGGAGAUGGCUGCGUCUAGUGGCUAUGAUGAUUUGAGGGUCUACAUCAAUUAUGGUCGGGAUGAAGGAGAAGAAGUUUGGUAUAGUGCGAAAAAAUUACCGAGACUGAAGGCAUUGAAAAGGAAGUAUGAUCCAAUGGAGUUGUUUAGUCACUACAAUCCUGUGAGGAUUUCUGAACACUCCCUCUCGGCAACACGUAAAUCUUUUCCACUCACACUUCAAAAAAUCCCCUCUCUCUUCAUCCACCCUCCGUUCACAAUCACCACUCUGAGAGAUAUUCCGAAAAAUGUACAACCUUCUCUAUUUCGUGCUCGGUUUUGUCCUUGGAUUCUGCCUGCGCUCGUACGCUACGUCAUCGCUCCCCAACUUCUCACCGUUCCAUUAUCAUCUCGUAACGAACAAUUGCUAGACCUCUUAUUCUUCCACGUUCUAAAUCCCGCCAUGGCCACCGAUGAGUUAAUCGACCACGUUCAAAGGAAACUAGAGGAGACAGAUGCUAAAUUGACCACAAAAUGUUUCACGUCAAUAGAACCUUACAUCACUUGGGAAGAAGAGUCUUACAAGGGUAGAAUUCCUGUACCUCUGGCUGAUCUGGAAUUGGAAUUGAAUGAAAUUCCCGAGAAAUAUCAAAAGACUACGAUGUAUUCGUCAAAACUUUCUACAAACGACUGGAGAUAA